CGAGCGCUGCAGGAAUAGAAAGGGAGAGAGAGGGACCGGGGCCAGGGAGUCGGAGCCGCCCCGCGGGAGAGCAGCUGCAGCCCGGAGAGAGCGGGCGGGCGGGCAGAGCACCAGGUGAUGGGGAGGCGGCCGGGGAAGGCCCGGGGGGCGCGGAGGAGACGCGGAGGUAGAAGGGGCAAGGCUGGCGAGGCAGGGCAAGCACGGGCUGGGGGCAGCCGGCCCGGACUCCCCGCACCCGGGGCUUCUCUGAGGGCUCUCCGGGACGCGGAGCGGGGGAGGGGUGCCCCCAUCAGUUCUGGGUCUCCUGGCCGCGUCCACACUGUCUCCUCCCCGGGUCCUCCAUCAGUUCUGGGUGUCCUGGCCGCGGAGCGGGGGAGGGCGUCCACAGUGUCUCCUCCCCGGGUCCCCCGUCAGUUCUGGGUCUCCUGGCCGCGUCCACACUGUCUCCUCCCUGGGUCCCCCGUCAGUUCUGGGUCUCCUGGCCGCUAAGCCGGGGAGAGCGUCCACACUUGUCUCCUCUCCGGAUCUCCCCACCAGCUCUUGGCUGCGGAGCGGAGGAGGGGCGCCCCCGUCAGCUCUGGGUCCCCCAUCAGCUCUGGGUCUCCUGGCCGCGUCUACACUAUCUCCGGGUCCCCCAUCAGCUCUGGGUCUCCUGCCCGGCCCCCUGUCACUCCGGGGCCCCCUAUAAGCUCUGGCUCUCCUGGGCGCGGAGCGUCCACAGUCUCUACAGGGUCCCCCAUCGUGUGCCGCGGGGCAGCGCAUCGGUCCCCUGGAACCCUAGACCCGGUCGGCACCCAGCCCGCUUUCCCACUCAGGCAGCCCCAAGGCAACAAUGAAGGGAGCCGCCCCUCCCUCCUUUCUUCCCACCUUCUUCCCUUCCCUUCGCGCGGCGGCGGGACCGGGGCUGGGAGCCUCUGCUUGGGAGGCUCGGAGGCCGGAGGACCAGAGCCGCUGAUUCUGGGCGCCUCCGUCCAGCCCCGGGCCAGUGUGGGCCGGUUGUCUGCAGCCCCAUUAAGCCUCCCCCCUUUCAGCAGCUGGCAGCUGCUUGGAAGCCCCGAGGCCGGCAGGGGCAGGGCGGGGUUGGAGCCCUGAAGGCAGUUGCAGGGGACCCCCCCUUCCCCCCCAGCCCUUGUGGCCUUCCCUCCCUGCCCCCUCUGGCUAAUCAGUAACCCUGCGCGCCCUGGUUACCAGGAGAUGUCUGGGGCCUCUCACAGUUCCCAAGGUAAUGGGGGGAGCCCAGGUAAGCAGAUGCUGCUCACCUGCCGCUGUUGCCUCCAGCCCAUGGAGAUGGUGGAAACACCUGGGCCCCACCUUCUGGCAGCUUGGAGGAAGUGGCUCCCAUCAGGCCCCGGGACAGCUUCCUCACACAAACCCCUGAGCACCUCCCCCCUGCUCCGGGGUGCACCCUCACCAAGCUUCCCCCCCACAGCCUCCCAGAGCGGGCCAGGUAGCAGGGGCAUCAUGCCCGGCCUGUACUGUCCGGCCACCUGGACUCCUCUGCCCCUCAAGGACUCCUGGGUCCGGGCCUGUGCCAACGGCCCCUGCCUGGGCCUCCAUGCCCGCCUCACCUACCACAACCCAGCACCAGAAGCUGUGGAAGGGGUGUUUGUGUAUCCGCUGGCCGAGGCCGAGGCCGAAGUGGUGUCGGGCUUCGAGGCCGAGGCGGCCGGGAGGAGGGUCUCCUUCCAGCUGCAGAGCCGCCGCUGGAGCCCCAGCGAGCCCUGCUGCAGGGAGCUGCGUCCGGAGGCCGGCCUGCCCCGCCGCUGUGCCCAGGGUCACCUGGUUCUCGACCCAGCCCAGGCUCGCUCCACGCUGGUGCUGCCCACGGGCCUCAUCGCCUCCGAGGGGACGGUCACCGUGUGGCUGAGGAGCAGCCGUGAGCUCCCCACGAGGCCGGACGGGGCCAUCCGGGUGGCCCUGCCCUCCAUCCUCACCCCCCUGGCCCAGUCCAGCCCAGCCAGACCCUCUGGCCUCUGUGACGACAGCCCCACCAGCUGCUUCGGGGUGGGCACCCCUGAGGAGGAGGAGCCCCCCCUGCAAGACUCGGCAGCCCCCAGGGACAUGUUCUGCGGCCCUGCCCGGUGCCCGGGGCCCUACACCUUCUCCUUUGAGAUGCUGGUGACCGGACCGUGCCUCCUGGCGGGCCUGGAGAGUCCCUCCCAUGCCCUCCGAGCAGACGCCCCCCCUCAUGCCAGUUCUGCCGCCACCAUCUGCAUCACUCUGGCUGAGGGGCACCCCUGUGACCGGGCCCUGGAAAUCCUGCUGCACCCCAGCGAGCCCCACCGGCCCCACCUGACGCUGGAGGCGGGCGGGCUGAGCGCGGCCCAGUACGAGGCCCGAGUGAGGAGCCGCAGGGACUUCCAGCGCCUCCUCCGAAAAGACAGUGAUGGGGACCGUCAGGUGUGGUUCCUGCAGCGCCGAUUCCACAAGGACAUCCUCCUGAACCCAGUGCUGGUGCUGAGCUUCUGCCCAGAUCUCAGCGCGGGGUCCCCGGACCCGGCCUCGGCCACCAGGGAGUGUCUCUUCUUAGUGGACAGCCAUGGGGCCACUUACAAGGACGCCCUGCUCCUGGCGCUGAAGUCUCUGCCCCCCCAGACGUUCCUCAACAUUGCUACGUUUGGCUCGUCCGUGCGCCCGCUCUUCCCUGGCAGCCAGCCCUGCAACGAUCACACCCUGCAGCUGGCCUGUGAGGGCGUCGAGGCCCUGAAGGCGGGAUGGGAGAGGCCGGACGUGCUGGCGGGGCUCCGCUGGGCCCUGGAGCAGCCGGCCCACCGAGGGCACCCCCGGCAGCUCUUUGUGCUCACUGCCGCCGCUCCCCCCGCCCCGGCUGCCCAGGAGGCCCUGGAGCUCAUGAGGCGCCAUGGGGGCACGGCCAGGUGCUUCUCCUUUGGGCUGGACCCCGCCUGCCGCCAGCUGCUCCGGGGGCUGUCCGCCCUCAGUCGGGGUCAUGCGUACUUCCUGGCCCCUGGGGAGAGGUUGCAGCCCUUGCUCCUGCGGGCACUUCGGACCGCCCUGGAGCCAGCCCUGAGCGACAUUUCUGUGGACUGGUUCAUGCCGGACUCCGUGGAGGCCAUGUUGACCCCCCGGGAGAUCCCCACACUCUACCCAGGAGACCGACUGAUCGGCUACUGCUCCCUCUUCCGAGUGGAAGGCUUCCGGCCCCGCCCGCCCGCGGGUCAAGAGCCGGGCUGGAGGAGCUUGGGGGGCUCUGUGUUCCCAUCGCCAGAGGAGCCGUCAGCCACCAGCCUGGGCACUGAGCCCACAGACCCAGCGGGGACGGGCACGGCCUCCAGCCACUGUGGGCCUGGCGACUCGGAGAGGAGCGAGUGGGGGGGGGAAGGGCCCCAGGAGCCAGGCAAGGACCAGCUGGGGGGCUCCUCCGCCACACUCCCAGCGGGCGCUGAGCCCCCCGCGGAUCCCGCCACUGACCCCGGGCCAGACCCCCCCUCGGAGGCCGCCCUCUGGAGACGGAUAUUCCAUUCCUCCUACAUCCGGGAGCAGUACGUCCUGACGCGCUGUUCCACCAGCCCCGAGCCAAGCCCCGCGUCCCCGGGCAGCAGCGAGUCCCCGGGGUCCUGGGGUCCCGGCUCCCCUGACCACAGCGCCCCCCCGGCGGUCCCCUCUCAGCGGGGCCACCGGAGCCUGGCCUGGGGAGACCCCGCCGCCGCCAGCCACUCCUGCCCGCUGCCGCUGUCGGGCCCCUUCACGGCUCCACCCCUCGCCCCGCAGAGGCCGGGCCAGCCUCCCAAAACGGCUUUCGCCGGGCGCAGCCUCUCAACGCCCCAGGGCGGGAAAGACCCCGUCCCCCAGCCCCGGAGGAAUCGGUCCCUGGGCGGACAGCUGGAGAACGCGAGCCCGGAGCAGAGGCAGCAGCUCCGCAGAAGCCUCGAUGACUCGGGAAACCUGCUCUCACCGACACCCCUGGACUGGGACAUGCUGGUGGAGCCCCCCUUCAUGUUUGCCCCGUCCCCGUCUGCAGAGGAGUCUGCCCCCUCCCCCACAGGCCCGCCUCCGCCCCCCCCACCCCAGCCCCCACGGUGUCACGUGGCGGUGAGGGCCCUGCAGGACGGGCGGCCCGUGUGCUGGGAGGUGGGUGCUGGCUUGGAGCCCUUCCUGGGGCCCUCGGAAGAUCCCCCGCCGCCCUCCCCCCAGGGGGGAGAAGCUUGGGACCAAACUCUGCACCGGCUGACGGCGGCCUCGGUGGUCCGGGACAACGAGCAGCUGGCCCUGCAGGGGGCGGAGCCCGGCCCCAUCCGCCGCUUCCGGCUCAGAGCCCUGCAGACCAGCAAAGCCACGGCGGCCGCUUCCCUCUUCACCUGCCCCGUGGCUGUGGACGCGGUCACGCGCGAGGCCCUCCCGGGGGCCCUCCGAGUUCACAGCUCAGGUAGCGCCCCCUCCGCCAGCUGCUUUCCGCGGCCCGGAGCCGUGGGGGCCGCACUCCACGCCCCGGCCUCUCCUCUCUCCCCAGAGCCAGCGCCGGCCCCCCGGGCGGAGAGCGCCGAGGACUCCGGGCAGCCUGCGGGGCUCGAGGACAGCGCCUCGGCCAGCUCGCGGGACUCUGAGACCAGCGCCGGCUCAAGGCUCAGCUGGAGGAGGUUUGGUUCUGGCCGAAGACUCUACACCCCGGAGCCUGACGGGAGGUCGGUGGCGGAGGGCGCCAAGGACCGCAGGGACCACGACUACCUCCCGCUGGUGCGGCUGCAGGAGGCCGCGGGCUCCUUCCGCUUGGACGGCCCCUUCUGCGCAGCGGUGCAGAUCCCCCACGAGAGGCUGUGCAGGGCCUCGCCCUUCCCGGUGCACCGGGCCACCCUGAGCCCGGCCUCUGCCUCCUCCCCGUGGGCUCUCCUGGGCCCGGGCGCCGGCGGCUCGGCUUCGGGCAGCCAGUCCCCCAGCAGUGGCUCGGAGGGCCCAGGCCAGGUGGACAGCGGGCACGGCUCCGACACCGAAGCCUCCGAGGGGGCCGAGGGCCCCGGGGUCCCUGACCUGCGGGGCCGCGGCUGGGCCACGGCGGUGGCCCUGGCCUGGCUGGAGCACCGCUGCACCGGCACCUUCGGGGAGUGGGAGCUGGUGGCGGCCAAGGCGGACGGCUGGCUCAGGGCCCAGCGCCUGCCCGACGGCCUGGACCUGGCCGCCCUCAAGGCCGCAGCCCGAGGCCUCUUCCUGCUCCUGCGCCACUGGGAUCAGAACCUCCAGCUGCGCCUGCUGUGCUACAGCCCCGCCAACGUCUGAGGGCCCGGGGCUGGGGGCUGGGCGGGUGCCCUCCCCUCCUGCCUCUCCCACCUCCUCCACUCUGCCACAGAAAGUGCCUGCUCUCCUCCCCCUCCCCCUCCCCUUCCCUCUAAGCCACCAGAGCCACCUCUGAGGGCCUGGGGGGCUGAUCUAGGAGGGCCCGCCCUCUAAGGCGGCUGCAAU